AACUGUUUUAAGUCCUGAUUUAAAUGAACCAAUCGUUUCUGCACAUCUCACGUUUUUAGGGGGUUUGCAGAGCUAAAGAACACGGAACUAAGUGCUGAUGGUAAAUGCAGAGCUUUAAAAUAGUUGCUUUGUUCCCAAAACACCCUCAUUUCCUUGUGUGAAGUAAUGCAGUAACCUUAAUAGUUACACCUAAUCAGUCUGUUCAAUUCUAAAAUUAUUGCACAAUUAAAGGUGUGAGACCACAAAGAUUUACAGUUUUAACUCAAACUGCCUGAACUGUGUUCUUGCCAGACUAUCAAUGACACACCUUGAUUUGCAUCAGAGAAAACAAUGGCCUUCACAUUGGACAUACAACAAACAAGAAAGGCAAGGAAUAACUGAUUGUGUAAAAAUGAUCCUACUUGUUUGUCUUGAAAACCUUCAUCCAUUUCUAUAUAAUCCUGGUCAGAAUGAAGACGGAGGUUAGAGUGGUUGACUCCUUCAGGACAGGACCAACCAUGAGACUGAAAAGCUACUUUUUUCUUUUGGUGAACUUGGCAGUUUCAUCAGCGCUCUCCCUCCCUACGGUGGAAGUGGAGAUAAUUGAUGUCAGUGAAAACAACACACAAGAUUUAACACUUGAUGAUAUUCGUGAGCCUCCAAACAUUCAAAGGAGCAGCAUUGUACCUGGAAGCAGUCAGUGGACAUCCCCAGUUCCCUACGUCUUGGAUGAAGGCCUGGACUUGAGAGCUAAAGGAGUCAUCAUGAGAGCCUUUGACCAGUUCAGAGUCAAGUCAUGCAUCGAUUUCAAACCCUGGGACUCUGAAGAUUAUUACAUCAACAUCAAAAAGGCAGAUGGAUGCUGGUCAUAUAUUGGUCGAGUAUUCGCGAAUGGCCAGGACCUCUCUAUUGGUGCAGGCUGUGACUACAUUGCCAUUGUUGAACAUGAGAUUCUUCAUGCUCUUGGUUUCUACCAUGAACAGUCUAGAUAUGACAGAGAUGACUAUGUACGGAUUGUAUUCGCCAACAUCCAAACAGGUAAAGAGAGUAAUUUCAGGAAAGUUGAAAGUGGUGUAAGCACCUCCCAUGGAGUCCCGUAUGACUACACCUCUGUGAUGCACUACGGCAAGGACGCAUUCAACAAUGGAAAUGGCAAUCGCUCAACAAUUAUUACCAUAGACCCUAAAUACCAAGAUGUGAUUGGUCAAAGGCUCGACAUGAGUCCUAGUGAUGCUCUGGAGCUGAACCUCCUCUACAACUGCAACACAACUAUUGCCUCCAAAUUUUACUGUGGCUUUUCUAAUGGAUCGAUGUGUCAGAUGAGCCGCUGUUCAGGGUUUGGGAGUGGAUGGGAAGUGGUUACCCAAGCUCCAGGGGGUCCAAGCUCUGACCACACCACUCUACCAAGUGGAAGUGAAGAUUAUGGUCAACAAACAGGGUACUUCAUCCACGCAAGCACAGCAUCAGGACAAGAAGGAGAUUCAGCACGACUGGAAACGGAGGUAGUGAAGCCGACCAGGGCAUGUAAUGUCCAGUGUCUGCAGUUCUACUAUUUCCACAGUGGAAAUGAGGCAGAUGAACUUAAUAUCUGGAUCAAAGAAUUUGAAAACAAUCGGGACACCACAGGAACUCUCCGCCUUAUGGGACAAAUUACUGGUUCACCAACAUCUCACUGGAAGAUCCACCAUGUUUCCUUGAAUGCCACCAAGGACUUCCAGGUGGUGUUUGAGGUCCGGAAAGGAGCAGGAAUCUCCACAGGAGGUUUCUCCAUUGAUGACAUCAAUCUCUCAGAGACAGAGUGUCCACACUUUGUCUGGCAGAUUGAUGACUUGGAGAAUCUUUUAAACACAAGCAGCUCUGGAACCCAAAUAUACAGCAAACGACAAUUCUCCAAAGACGGCUAUGCUUACCGAGUAGCCACUAUUCUUUAUAAAACAUAUAUUGGAAUGUAUGUGCAACUCUUGUCUAGUCAGAAUGAUGACCAGCUGCAAUAUCCUUGUCUGCAAAGACAUAUGAUUUUCCAGUUGCUGGAUCAAACCCCGAACAAGCAAUUGCAAAUGUCUAAGGAAUCUACUUUAGUUUCUGAUAAAACUCAAGUACGACCUGGAACAAAUACCUCAAUCUGGGACAAUCCUAGGGAGACUGGAAUUGCAUUGUUUUAUGACAAAAGAGAAUUAGUCUAUGGUGGUAGGGUUCUCUGGGGGUCCAAUCCUUUUACAACGUUACAAGAAUUGCAAUCCAGAGAGUUUCUCAAGGGAGGAAGUGCCAUUUUCAUGUUCAACUUUGAAGAUCUCACCCCACUAAUCAAUGGAACAACGCUACCAUGUCCUCAGUUAAGACCAGUGAGCAUGGCAAAUCCUCCACAAAAUCUGAAUGAAAGUCAAUGCACUGCAAGAGUAUCUCCACGCAUCAGUCCACCUUUUACAAGCCAGGAAAACAGAACCUCCACCAUCGUUCCACCACCCGGACCUACGACAGAUCACAGGGUUUCCUCUACCGUCCAUCCACCCUUUACUACAAAAAGAACCUCCACCAUCGUUCCACCACCCGGUCCUACAACAGAUCACAGAAUCCCAACCACCAUCAUUCCACCACCUCCUGGAACGACAGAUGACAGAAUCUUCCCCACCAACACUCCACCACCUGCUACGACAGAUGACAGCAUUUUUUGCCUCAGUCCUGGCAUGGUGGCCUCUCCCAUCCUCACUGUCCUGCUGGCGUUGAUCCUUCUGCUGUCAUAAUGUACGCCUCUCAUAUAAAUCUUCUGUCUCUGCAUAGGCAGCGAAAAUGAUUAGACAUUUCUCCCAGCUAUGCAUAUAUGUUAUAAUGACAGUGUAAGUUAAUAUCUUAUCCUAAACAUGUAAGUUCAUUGUGCAAAAGCAAACUGGGAAGAUAUAUGAACUUGGGGCUCAUAUUCAACAAUAUUUGGUGAUGGGAGUUUAUUUUUAUUCAGUGCGCAUCAGUAGAUUAUUGUAUGGUACUGCUAAAGCCUGAUUGAAGCAAAGUUUUGUUUUUACAACAAUUGAUACACUUUGUUCCAAGUGCUUGAAUUUCUGAAUCAAACCCAUAAUAUUCUGUAUAAAGAUUAUUCUGUUUUGCACAAAUAUUUAACCAUAUGCUAAUAUAUUUAAACAUAUGUGCUUGGUGACUUAAUGGCAAAGAACGUUUUCAGUCAGAUAUGUAUGAUCUAUUGCUUUGCACAAAGUUUGGGACAAUAAAUAUUAAUAUAAUGCAUAAAAAGCCACCAUAAUGUUAAAUUUCUUACAUUUUUGUCAUGCAAAUUUGAGAUUUUAUUGUUCCACUACCCAUAAUAAAAUCUAAUAAAUUAGUUAACAGGAACACAUAUAGGUCAAAUGUAUUCAUAUUUAUAAUGUACAGUGGAUUGAACAUUUAUGAUAAAUGGAACUUUCUUCAAAAUUUACAUGGAAGUACCUGUACACUAAAACAAGUCUAGUGCUUGCAGUAGAAAUGACUCGUGGUCUUUAGCCCAAGAC